CAACACCGGAGUUUUUGCAGUUUGCAAACAAAGCACUGUCAAGUACCAAUCCUUGGCUGAAUGUUGACUUGUAAUUUUUGAACGGUUCAUAGUCUAUCGAGCCAGUGCUCUGGAAGUUUUAUUUUUGUUCUGCGUCAUUUGGAAACAUUAUGGUUGACGACACGAACGAUCACGAAUAUGAUCUCCAUCAGUCGGCCUGUCCGUCUGUGAAUAGGCUUAAAGUUAUUACGGCUUGCAGGGAUAUAGAAACAAAGAAGAAGCUUUAUAGCGCAUGGGCUUCAUUCUAUGACGAGGACAUGGACGUCCUUGGCUUUCAAGGGUAUGGUGUCAUGGGAAAAAGGGUUACCGAGCUUAUAACAGAUAAGGAAGCGAAGAUCUUGGACAUUGGAUGUGGAACUGGACGUUUCGGACUAGAGCUUCACUCACUUGGGUACACCAAUAUUCACGGUGUAGACGGGAAUAACAAUUUCUUGGAGAAAAGUCGCGAGAGACAUGUUUAUACCAACCUCAAACAAUGUUGGUUUGGCGCAAACGUCAUUUCACCCUAUGAAAAUGGUGCUUUUGAUAUCGUAGUAGCUGUGUCCACAUUUGCACCUCUAGGAAUGGACCAUACUGCAUUACCAGAGAUUGGCCGUCUGACUCGAACAGGUGGAUAUUUCAUCCUGUUCAUACGGAAAUCAAGACUAGAAAUGGAGGACGAAAUAUUCAACGUCAAGUCAGUCUUUGACGAGUGGAUCGCGAGUGGAGAAUGGGAGCGACUUGGCGACAUCAGCUCAGUUUUAUACUCUGGAACGGAUGACGGGUCGGAGCAUGAUGACCUUUUGGUUGAGCAUGAGGGCGUUAUCGUUACCCUAAGAAAACAGGCAAUUGAGUAACCAUUUGAGGUGCAUUCGUUUUGAAUACCGAAUGCAGAAUAAUGCACUAAAUAUACAGAGGGUAAUACAUAGUGUAAUUAUAGCCUGUCGGACAUACACGAUUUGCAUUUAAUAUGCUAACGUAUUUAAUCAAUUUGUAGUACUGGGGAAUUGGUAAAGUUGUUUAUUUAGCCUGUAAUAUCGAAUUCGACUUUUGUAAUGCAGUAUAAAUACACCGACUUUGAUAACAAGAGCAGCUGUUCCUGCACAAUUUCCAAAAUUUCAUUUUAUUUAUAAUGAUAUAUUGCCUUAAUCAACUCGCCAAAUGCGUAGUAUAUCCCAUCUUCUGUUUCUCGUUCUUCAUUUCCCCCCUUUCCCAUUUUUUCUUUCUUAUCUAAUGCGCAACGUAUCAAUCAUGGAUGAGACCUUAUAGUCGGAUCCCAAACUUUUUAAUUUCUUCCUUUUUCCUUCCUUUGUUAUUUUUUUAAGCGCGUGUAUAUCAUUAAGUACUCAAUUAUUUCUUUAGUUUCAAGGGGGGGGGGGGUCCAAACUACAAGCAUUGCUUUUCAUUUCAUUCGUUUAUUU